AAGGACAUUUAAUGCUCCAACAAUAGACGAAGUCGCCAUCCUGAUUGUUGGUGAACAAUUUGGAAACCGCGAUAUUGUGCUUAAACGUCGCGAUACUGGGCAACUGCAACAAAUAUCUGAAACUCAUCGAUCAUAUGACGCGUUGCAAUACCCGCUAAUGUUUUGGCAAGGAGAAGAUGGAUAUUAUUUUAAUAUUAAAAUGAUUAAUCCAUUGAAUGGUGAAGAAACUACAAAGAAAGUAAGCUCAAUGAAUUAUUACGCAUAUCGUUUGAUGAUUCGUCAAAAUACUGACAACUAUUUGCUGCGGUUUCGUCGAUUGUUUCAGCAGUACUGCGUUGACAUGUAUGUAAAAAUAGAAACUGAACGUUUAACAUUCAUUAGGUUGAACCAAUCCAAACUGCGUUCUGAGGAGUACAUCCAUUUACGUGAUGCAGUUAGUACUGAAGAAAAUGCAGCUAAUAUUGGGCGACUAACUAUUCUGCCAGCGACGUACAUUGGUAGUCCACGUCAUAUGCAUGAAUAUGCACAAGAUGCAAUGAAACAUAAACCAACCAAAACUGUGCAACGGUACGCGUUUGGUGGUUAGAAAACUAAUGAACAAUGUAAUUUACGCUACGAUAAUGAUAGGAAAAUUCAAAGGUGAGGAAGUUCUCAUACCGAGAAUACCGAUGAUACCAACCGAUAUGCCGUUUGAAUUUAAAAGAAUUCAAUUUCCGAUACGUCUUGCAUUUGCCAUGACCAUCAACAAAUCACAAGGCCAAUCCUUAAAAGUUUGUGGUUUAAAUCUAGAACAUUCAUGUUUUUCACAUGGUCAAUUAUACGUGGCAUGUUCACGGGUCGGAAAACCAUCUGCGUUGUUUGUUUUUGCGCCUGAUAAUAAAACAAAAAAU